CCCUGCCUCCCGGCCCUCCCUGGCCCCCACUUUUCUCCCACCCUUCUCCUCCCCCCAGAGCUGCAUCGACUGGAACCGGGAGGUGCUGAGGCGGGAGCUGGGCCUGGAGGAUCCGGACAUCAUCGACAUCCCGCAGCUCUUCAAGCUCACAGGGGGCACCAGGGGCGCCCUCAAGGCCGAGGCCUUCUUCCCGAACAUGCUGAGCCAGCUUCCAGGAGCAGGAGGGAAAGACAGCUGAGGCUGACGGCAGGGGACAAGGU